AGAGAGCGCUGCGCAGAAGAGAAAAGCAAACGCAAACGACCAACGCAUAGAAGAAAACAAGCCAUGCCGCACAACAACCAGCCAUCACCCGGGGACGAUCAACUGGGCCCCCCAAAGGCAGACUUCAGUGCACCGCCGCCGUACGAGGCGAACGCGGUUAAUGGCCAGCAGGUUGUACUGCGGGCUCAGAUGCCCUCGCUGGCCUUGGCCACACCCGAACCCGGUCAGAUGCAGAUACCGAUGCAGAUGCAAGUGCAGCUCCCGGGACAACCGGAGAUGAUCAAUGGACAAUUGCCGCAGGAGCUGCACGGGAAGCUGCCCACCUACGAGGAGGUCCAGAUGGAGAAGUCACUGAAUGGAGAGCUGCCGCCCGCCUUUCUGACAUUGCCCUCGUCCCAGCAGUUGCCGCCGCCGCCGAAUCCUUUGCUGCCACCGAAUCCGCUGCGCGACGGUGCCGCAGCCGUGCGAUCGGCUCAGCCAGCGCUGACAUUUAUAGCCAUCGAUGCUAGUGAUCCGGAGAACAGCCUCUCCACCACGGACAACUUGCUGGGAACGGACAUUAUGUUCAUAACGGCAUUCAUUGUGGCGUUCCUCUUCAAUUGGAUCGGCUUCCUGAUGCUGACCUGUUUCUGUCACACAAUCGCCGCCCGGUAUGGUGCACUCUCUGGCUUCGGUUUAUCGCUGGCCAAAUGGACGCUGAUUGUGAAGCAUUCAACGGAUUUGGCAUCGCACGAGAACUCCUGGCUGUGGUGGCUUAUCUGCGCUUUUGGCUUCCUAAUCAGCAUACGCGCCCUCAUCCAAUAUGUGAGCAUCAAGCGAUCGUGGCGUCUGCUCUCCGCCUCGGCCCAGGAGCGCCUGCUAUUCUUCUACUAAGUGCGCUUUCCCAGAGCGGCUGCCAUAUGUAAAUAAGUCGAGGGCGGCUCUAGGAAGCUCCGAAUCUAAACCGAUCCCAGAAGGUCCCUAGAAAUCCCUUGAAACAGCACACACAAACACACAAAAACCAAACCAAAAUAAAUGCGAGCACGCGGAAUCUAUAAAGUUUGGAAAGAAAACAUUAGGUGUGUGGAGGAAUGUGAUGAAAUGUAUUAAGCAUUAAGCAGAAAAGAUUUGUUUUCAAAUUCACAAUUUAAGAAUAUUUAAAAGGAAUGGUUUUCCAUUAGAAUUUAUGGAAUUAUAGGUCAAAGGACCUACUUUUCCUUUUCAGUCAGAUUUUAGGGCCUUAGAAAGCAAAUGUAUUAGAAUUCUUUUGGCACAUUUUCCUAAGUCUUUUAGAGUAAUCCUUUCCUUUAGACAUCUAAGAGAGUUUACCGAAGCAUGUCGUAUUUUUGGUUUAGUGUUUUUCUCUAGUUACUAUUGUUUAAUAGCGCAACUUAGUCCACGAACCCGGCAAAAAUGUAGCAUAAAUAACGUUAACUAAUGUGUGUUGAAAGGUGAAUAGGCGGUUUUUAGGCGAGGCUACUUCUUCGCCAGCACCGCCCCAAAUCGAUUCUAAUUGUAAAUGUAUGUGAAUGUGUAUGGUUAAAUCUAUCAAUUUUAGUAGACGCCCCCAUCCCAGAUCACAUCCCUGCACUUGAAACAAAGACACAAAACAAACACCAAAAAACAUAAAAAUGAAUUGAGAAAUAUUAAAAGGAUGUAGGAAAAAGAUAUGCCACAGACAUAUUUUUGUUGUUGAGCCUACUCUUACGCUGUGGUACUUAAUUAAUUAACUACACAAAAGCCAGCAGUAAUACACAAAAUGGAAAAAACACAACUAUUGCUAGUACAUAUGAUUAUUGCCUAUUAUAAAGUUUACAAUUAAUAUGUUUAAUCCCUUUGUAUGUAAAUCAAAUCGAUGCAUAAAGCAUUGCAAAAGGGCGCAGAGAUCUGCGUCAGUUUUACGCAAAAUAAAUAAAAUCGAAUGAUGUCAUUCAACAAA